AUGAGGCCUAAGACCUUCCCUGCCGCCCCGUACGUGGGCAACACGCGCCAGCGCCUGCAGGAAAUCAAGGAAGGACUGAAACAACCUGCGAAGCUGGUGAGCCAGGCGCUUCAUGGAGGGAGCUCUCGAGGGGAGGGGGGCAGAGGUGGGGACUCUAAGGGGAAAGACCAAGCUGGAAGGCAACAACAGCUCCGGCAGCCUCAGAAGUUCAACAACUACCAAAAUGCGCUGCGAGAGAUCCGCAAGUCUCUAUUGCCCUUUGCCAAUGAAUCAGGGCCGGGAUCCAGCUCGGGACAUCCUGGUGAAGUCAACAGACAGAUGUUGCAGGAUCUCGUCAAUGCUGGUUGUGAUCAGGAAAUGGCAGUCCGUGCCCUAAAACAGACUGGCAGCCGUAACAUUGAGGCAGCAUUGGAAUACAUUAGCAAAAUGGGUUACCUGGACCCUCACAAUGAACAGAUUGUACGUGUCAUCAAACAAACUUCCCCAGGAAAAACUGGCAUGCCAAAUUUAAUGGACCACAGGGUGGCAAUGGAGGGCACUGGGGAUGGGGCAAUGCCACCUUAUCACCAAAUGGGAGCACCACUGUAUGAGGGAGCUGGUUAUGGGGCUGAGGGUGAGAUGGCUCGUGCAUACAUGGGUGGACCACCUGUCAUGAACUACAUGCCACCGCCUGCCAACAAUUCACAGGGUCCUACCAUGGGAAACCCAAUGGGUCGUCCUGCAAGUAUGGGUGCCUACUCCACAAGCAUGGCUCCCCAAAAUAACCCUGGGAACCCUAUGUACACCCCUGGUCCAGCCCAGCAAAAAGGCUACCCUGGUGGGAUAGAACAGGCCAUGAUGGGCUACAGUGUGCCUGGACCACCCAUGCAAAUCCAGCCUCAGCCCUCGGGAGGUCCUGGCACUCAUUAUGACUACAGGCCUCAUAUGAUAGAAGCCUCUGGCUAUGGGGUAAAACGAAGUGCUUCUUUCCAGAAUAAGAUGACCCCGCUAACAUCCGAAAACUAUGUUAAUAUGCCAGGCAAAGGAGCAAUGGGCCAAAACUCUGGUGGCUACCCUCCUAACUUAUAUCUUCCACCACAUUCGCACCCACGCCAAGCCAGUCCCACCUCACACCAGGUUCACAUGAUGCAGCGCUCACCUGGAGCUAUGGGUGGUGAGUUUUCUGAUGUUCCUCAAGGCCUUCUCACUCCUUCCAGGGCAAGUCUAAACCUCGACCUCUAUGAGCAUCACUGGCCAGGAGCCCAAAGUCCUGAGGGGACUCCUUCAGCUAGGCAGCCACAGGGGCCCUUUAGAGGUGAGGUACGUGUCCCCAGUAGGACCAAUUCUUUCAACACCCACCAGAAGGUGACUGUGAGGCAGGCAUUGCCUCCUGCAGCUAGUGUUGCUGGAAAGCAGGAUGCAUCUUUGGGUCCGCCAAAUACAAUAACUGCAGUGAGCUCUCCACCAAUCCAGCCACCUGUUAAGAGUAUACGGGUCAUGAGGCCUGAGCCGAAGACAGCUGUGGGACCAUGCCAUCCAGGGUGGCUGAGUGCACAAGCCCAGGAUGCACCAGAGUCUCAUGGAUACAUGCCAGAUGAGACUUUUGCCCUGGAGCCCAAUCAAGAACACCGCUGUCCGCCUCCACCCUACCCCAAAACACUGCUCAUGCCUGGAUCUGGACCUGGAACUGAGCCUGUAUCCCUGGAGACUGGAGCCAUGGGUGGAUUUCAAGAUGUCAAUACUACAAGUAGAACAGUCCAGAGUGCCUCAGUAGGAAAGCAAGAGGAACCAGUCUCCAAAGACAAAGUGAAAACUGGCAAAGGAGAGAAGGCAGUGAAGGAUAAGAAGCAGAUUCAAACCUCACCUGUGCCUGUGCGAAAGAACGCCCGUGAUGAAGAGAAGCGGGAGUCUCGCAUUAAGAGUUAUUCUCCCUUCGCCUUUAAGUUCUACAUGGAGCAGCAUGUGGAAAAUGUGAUGAAGACCUAUCAGCAGAAACUCAAUCGCAGGAUGCAGCUGGAGCAAGAGAUGUCCAAGGCUGGCCUUUCAGAGGCAGAGCAGGAACAGAUGAGAAAGAUGCUUUAUCAGAAGGAAUCCAAUUACAACCGACUACGACGUGCCAAGAUGGACAAAUCGAUGUUUGUCAAAAUCAAGACACUCGGCAUCGGGGCCUUUGGUGAGGUGUGUCUUACACGCAAAGUAGACACGGGGGCCCUGUAUGCUAUGAAGACUCUACGAAAGAAAGAUGUUCUGAACCGAAACCAAGUAGCCCAUGUGAAAGCAGAACGAGAUAUCUUGGCAGAGGCUGACAAUGAGUGGGUAGUCAGGUUGUACUACUCAUUUCAGGACAGAGACAGCCUGUACUUCGUCAUGGAUUACAUUCCUGGAGGAGAUAUGAUGAGCUUGCUGAUCCGUAUGGGGGUUUUUCCAGAGCCCUUAGCCAGGUUCUACGUGGCAGAACUAACACUGGCCAUCGAGAGUGUGCAUAAGAUGGGCUUCAUCCACAGGGAUAUCAAGCCAGACAACAUCCUAAUUGACCUGGACGGACACAUCAAGCUGACUGAUUUUGGUCUGUGUACUGGAUUCCGUUGGACUCACAACUCCAAGUAUUACCAAAAAGGGAACCAUAUCCGGCAAGAUAGUAUGGAGCCAAGUGACUUUUGGGAUGAUGUGUCUAACUGCCGUUGUGGUGAUCGGCUGAUGACUUUGGAACAACGGGCAACUCGACAACACCAGCGCUGCCUGGCACACUCUCUGGUGGGCACUCCUAACUACAUUGCCCCUGAAGUGCUUUUGCGCAAAGGAUACACACAGCUGUGUGACUGGUGGAGUGUUGGAGUAAUCCUGUUUGAGAUGCUGGUUGGCCAGCCACCGUUCCUUGCUCCAACCCCAACGGAGACACAGCUUAAGGUGAUAAACUGGGAGAACACCCUGCAGGUGCCUCCACAAGUAAAACUGAGCCCAGAGGCAGUUGACAUUAUUGGUCAACUCUGCUGUUCAGCAGAAGAGCGUCUGGGAGGAAACGGGGCUGGAGAGAUAAAGGCUCACCCAUUCUUUGCUGAGAUGGAUUUCUCCAGCAAUCUUCGUACACAACCUGCUCCAUACAGACCGAAGAUUGCCCACCCCAUGGAUACAUCCAACUUUGACCCUGUGGAAGAAGAGGGGGGUCCAGGAGCCUGGAGUGACAGUGGUGACAGCACCCGCACUUGGGACAUGCUUUGUUCUCCUCACGGCAAACACCCUGAGCAUGCCUUUUAUGAGUUCACCUUCCGAAGGUUUUUUGAUGAUAAUGGCUGUCCAUUCCGUUAUCCCAAGCCCCCGGAAGCAAAGCAAGACCUGUCCAACAGUAGUGUGGCUGGGGGCCUGAAGCCUGAGCUAGAAGAGGAAGAGGUUCAUGAGGAGGAAGAGCAAGGGGAAGGGUGUGAGCCGGUUUAUGUGUGAGAAUGUUGGAUAAGGUGUUCAUGCUGCUCUGCCUUUACCCAUAGAGGACCUCGCCAGUUAACACGCUGCAUCUCCUACACUUCCUUUUAACCCAACUUUUUCUUCAGAGUGUUUUGUACAGGUUAAAUGCAUGGAAGAACAUCAGAAAUGGAGUGCAGAGAGUUCCAUGUGAAACGUGUUUAUUCCUCC